CACUCCCUGCCAUCACCACGAAUUAAUGAAGAGCUGAGAAGAGCUAUGAUUCUCAGCUAUCAUGUCGACACCAUUUAUGCCGUUUUCUCUCGUUGUGUCCUUGCUCGGCGUCGCCAUCCUCAGCCGCGUGGUUUAUCUCUGUUAUUUCCACCCCCUCGCGGAAUAUCCAGGGCCGUUUUUAGCUCAAAUCACUAAUAUAUGGCGAUUCUGUAGCUUCCUUGGUGGACAGCACCACUUGACGGAACAGCGUUUACACGAGCAAUAUGGUCCUGUAGUACGCGUCGCGCCAAAUUGGCUUUCAUUCUCGACUCUCGAGGACUUCGAAGUCAUCUACGGUUUCAAUAAAUCCAUCGAGAAGGAUGACUUCUACGGCUUCGGCAGAGACCAGAGCAAACGGACCAAGAGCAUAUUCGCUACGGAAUCAGAGGCCGCCCACCGACAGAAGAAACGAAAGGUACUGGGGCCUGUCCUCACCAGCUCCAAGUCAGCGAGGUACAUGCCGAUCGUGUCAAAGCAAGUCAAUGUUCUGCUCUCCAGGGUGGAAGCGUCGUCCUCGGUUGCCGCGAAAUCGGUCAACAUGGCCCCUCUGGUGCACCAGUUUACCGUGGACACCACGCUGGAGGUGAUAUUCGGACCCGCUCUCGCCUCCCAUCCGUACUCGGACAAUGCUGCCGGCGAGGGCGUCUCACUGGCCCUUCGCCAGAUGAGUAAAAUGGCGUGGAGCUUCUCCCUCUGGCCAGCGUUUGGAUGGAUCAUGAACACGCGGCCCAUCGACGCGUUGCUUCGCAGACCGGUGCGCAAUGCGAAAGGUGAGAUCAUAGGCCUCCCUGCUCUCUUGGCAGCCUCUUGGGAAACCAUCUUCGGGCGCUCCGCAGAGGUCGUUCAACAUCAACAGCCCGGGGUCCUCAAAAGCUGGCUAGAAGUUCCUCGGGAGGAUGCCAACCGGAUGAGUCAGGAUGAAAUUCUAUCGGAGGCGUUCAACUUGGUAUUCGCAGGGCCGGGGAGCACGGCUGCGACAAUCACGGCACUUUUGUAUCAGCUGGGAACCGAGGAAGGCCAGGUAUGGCAAGACAAACUACGAAUGGCGGGAGCGGAUUUCAACACGCAGGAGUCAUCGUCCAUUACAUCCCUUCCCCUGGAGCUACAGGCCGUGGUCAAAGAAACCCUCCGUUUGCACGCCGCCUUCCCCACGGCAUUUCCUCGCGUCAUCCGGUCGGGCGCUGAGACGGUCUUUGCCAAAUUGAGGUCCCCGCUCCCUGUGGGCACGAGAGUGUCUGCCAACACGUACGUUCUAGGCCGGUCGCAGGACAUCUGGGGUGACACGGCGGACCAAUGGUUACCACAGCGAUGGCUGGGCGAUGAGUCACAGCGGCGAGACAUGGAUUCCAAAUUCGUGGCUUUCAGCAAAGGGGCCCGAGGCUGCGCUGGAAAAGACCUGGCCUGGCUUGUAAUCGCUCAAGCUGCGAUGGCGACCGUUCAGAAAUGGAAGAUCAAGACGGUGGGAGAGCUGCGGGGGAGGAGCUAUCUGGAGAUGCAGUAUGAUGACUGCUGGAUCGAGUUAGAACGAGUGAAUACUGCGUAGUGUUGAUGAGUAGUUCGAAGUAGAAGAAUGUUGACAUGAUGUCAUGGCCGGAUCUGGGCGAUCGGCGUCCCUUUUUAGCGUUGAGUCACGGCUCCACUGCAGCUCCGCCG